UUUCUUUUCUCCUUUGUGAGCUUCAUGAGCGUUUCUUGUUUCGCAGCUUCGCCGUCUCUAUUCGCCCAAACGUUGAUGUUUUAUAACGACAGAGAGGAGUGCAGCUAACCCGGCAUUGGUCACUGAAGAUUAACAACCCAAACAGCAGCAUCAUGUCUGCAGAGCUGGACCUGUCCCCUCCAGAGGUCCCAGAGCCCACCUUUCUAGAAAGCCUCCUGCGCUAUGGGUUGUUCCUUGGUGCCAUCUUCCAGCUCAUCUGCAUCCUGGCUGUCAUCUUCCCCUCAUCCAAAGGAUAUGAACAUGAGGAGACUGAAUCCAAUGACGGCAAAGCCACUGAACAGAUGAAGAAACCUAAAGGAGCAGCACCCCAGAUCCGACAGAAACCAAAGAAAGAGAGCAAAAAGAAGCGAUAGAUAGUGCUGUCUGUUUGUGUGUGUAUGUGUGUGAAUGCGUGUGUGUGUGUUUGUGUAGUCAUCAGUGAGUCAACAUUGACAUUUACCAGUACAAUUAUCACUACAGAUGUAUGAAACAUCACAUUGUCACCAUACAACAAUAAAAAUGAAGUGCAUUGAAUUUGA